AUGAAGCUCUUCACAUCAUCAUCAUCAUCAUCAUCAUCAUCAUCAUCACCUUCGUCUUCAUUAACUUUUAGUUUCGACCCGACAUUUUGCAGCUCAAAAACUGUAUCUGCAGGGUGUUUCACAACCAUUUUUCAUAGGAUUAGAGAGUUUCAUUCGAAGUUCACAAGUGAAAAAGUUCAAAAGUUCAAAACUAACACUAGAAAUAAUAGUACUAUAACUUCUUCGCCUUCGGGUAUAGUUGCAAGGUUGAUGGGUUUGGAUUCAAUGGCAGAGAAUAAGAUAGGAAUAUGUCUUGAAUCAACACAAAGUUCAAAAGUUCACAAUGUAUCACAAGGUUUUCAAUUGCUUGAAAAUGAGAACUUUUUGGUGUUUAGCUUUGAAAGUGGAAGUGAGGGUAGAAAAUUGAAGUCUAAAGGGAGAAGAAAAGAAAAGGGUUGUGUUGAUUUGAAGAAGAGAAGAGAAGAGAGAAAUGAGGUGAGGAAAAACAAGAGGGAGAUGGUGAAUGAUGGUGAAGUUCAGUUUAAGGAAGUUGGUAAUGGUGAGAAAGUGAAGAAGAGAAAGAAAGGAAAAACAUGUUUUGUGGAAAAUAAGGUUGAAUGUGAAAUUGGUUCAGAAGAUUCUAGUCCUGUUUCUGUCUUUGAUUUUGAGCGUGAUGUUUCUGGAACAGAGGAAGAUCUUUGUGAUGUGGCUAUGAGUUGGAGAAGAAAAUUAUCACCAGUGCUUGAAAAUGACCAGCUCUAUAUUCAACAUUCUGAUAGUAACUUGAUGAAUGAAGAAGAGAUGAAAGUUGAGAGCAACAUGCAUGAAGGAUCAAAGAAAAAAGAGAGACAAAACCAUGAAUGUGUAGAUAUUUGGAGUAAAAUUUGCAGGCUAGUUGGAGAUGAAUUGGUUGGAUCAAAUCAAUUACAAGAAGUAAAGAGAAAACAAAGUGAUUUGGAAAGUUUAAGUGCUGAUUUAGAGUCAGUGAUUUUAGAUGAUUUGUUAGAUGAGCUUGUAGAUCAAUUUGUUACUUGUUUGUAA